GGCGGGUGUACUGACCGAUAUACUAUCAGAGAUGAAAAAUUGCGGAUGUUAUUGUCCGUAUGCAGGGACAAACAAGCCCGGCUAAGCACACCCACCAGUAAUCCAGAUUCCAGCCUGAGCAUGGAUUUUCCUCUAGAUGCUGCUUAUGCCACGGGGCUUUGCUAUUUUUUGACCUCAGCGGAAUGGAAGCCAGUUAUUGCAGCUGUGCUCAUACUGCUGUUCACUAGCCGUAACACUGUGCAGCUUCUGCUAGCAGCUCCAAGCGUUUUACCCAGAUAUAUAGCGGCAACACUUGAGAGGGCCAUAGAGCUCUCGAUCUUGGAGUAUAUUGCGUGGCUGAUCAGCUCCUUAGUUAUCAUGUAUCAAACUUACUCAAUUUGGGAGAAACUCCUCAUGAUCAUCCCCAUCCUCGCCUUCUUUGGGUGCAUCGUCUUGCAAAUGGGAAGUCCCCUCCAUCAUCGAUCACAGACCGAGAUGAAUGUGCCGGUGCGGGACGCAUUUGUCUCAGUAGGUGACUACCGCCCAGAAUUGCUGCGUUUGGACCAUCCAUUAUCGAAGUUCGUCGUAAAUACCAAAAUGGAGCUCGCAAAUGCUCAUUCCAUCCUUCGCUCUUUUGCUGCCGCCUCUGUGGAUAUCCAUUGUCAUAACGAUAUCACCUGGGCUGUCCAGAAAUACUCCCGCUAUAUCGUCAACCGUUACAAGCCAACUCUUCGGUUCGUGUCUCCUCGACGAUUCAACCCGGAUAGUCCAAUUUUCCCUCCUCCUCUUGGUCCACGCUAUACUGCGCUCAAUAAUGAGGCGGAGUUCGUUGAAAUACCAUGGCCAUGGGAGCGUAUUCCUAGCGCAAUAUGGAUUGAUAGACGAUUGGCAAGCAUGUGGGAAGAUGAAAGACAAACUGAGCCUCCACCACCCCGAGGAUACAGCGGCCAAUGUGAUCUUUUCCUCAAAGCCGUCAUUUGUCAUGAGAUGUUGAAGACGAUCCUCAUUGACGUCGAGAAGAACGGGCACCUUCCAGAUGAUGAUUAAACUGGUACAAAUAUCAUGGGGGAAUACGGACAGAGAGACACAGCCCGCCACUACUGUUGCCACGUUUUGUGUCUCGACGAUGCCAAUCGAAUAUUCAUCAGCUACACGAUUGGCGAUAGCGAUUAAUUGUAGAUAUCUGGAGCCCGGUAAAAUACUGAGCUGUGUAUACUUC